AUGAUUAAUCUUCAAGCAUUAGAUAUGGAAACCUUAUUCGGGUGUUUAGUAGCUAUUAUUGUGUUUAUGGGAACAUCCAUACUAUACUUGAAAAAAAAAGAGCGUGAGCGAAAAGAACUAAGUAUUACAGACCCAGAUGGAAAUGUGGUUGAUAGUCAGGCAGAAGAAGAAGAGGAAGAAAGCAAUUCUAAGAAUGGCAAGAAAAAGAGCUUCAGGAAUGAUUUUAAAAAGAAACUAGGUACGUAUGAGCAUCCCUGGAUAGUGACUACCUUAAAAGGUCACUUAGGAUAUGUGACCUAUGUUGAUUUCUCACAAGAUGGCAAGAAAUUUGUCAGUGUGAGUACAGACUCAUCUAUUCUUAUAUGGAAACCAUCGGACUUCCAUCAAAAAGAACAUAAAGUGAUCCGCCAACCAUUAGAGUUCGACACUGCCACGAAAGUUGUCUGUUCCCCAGAUAGCAAAAGCAUUGUUUGUAGUGUAAAAAGAGAUAAUAAGUUAGUAGUAUUCAAAUUAGCGCGUAAAGAUGAUGGCAGUUCCGUUAGGAUAGUGAAAGCUGAUGUAGAUUUUCCAAAAAGCCAUCAAUUGGACAUUUCUGCUUUGGGCAUAUCUUCCACAGGAAAGUUUUUGAUGACGGCUUCUACGGAUAUGAAAAUUAAUCUUUAUAAUAUUCGUGGAGAGGUUCUGAAGGUUAUUGAGCCAAAAGUUAGUUCCCUUUUCGAUUGUUGCAUUUCACCUGAUGGAAGAUUUGUUGCUAUUGCUGGCUUCACCCCUGACGUUUUCGUUUUCGAGCCAAAGUUUGAUCGGGAAGGACGCUUUGUUGACUGCAAGAAGGCUUUUGAUUUGAAGGGUCAUAACUCUGGCGUUUAUGGUGUUGCUUUCAAUCAAGAUUCUUCUCGAGCUGCUACUGUAUCUAGAGAUGGUCAUUGGCGUGUAUUUGAUACAAACAUCCGAUAUGCCCAAGGCCAGGAUGCUUCCAUUUUGAGGAAGGGAUACUGGGCUCCCUUGAAGGGAUCUUCCCCUGACAACGUCAGAAUAGCCUUCAGUCCUUCUGGUUUAUCCGUGGCUGUUUCUAGUGGAAGUGAUAUCAAAUUCUUCAGUGCUGAAGACGAGAACAAAGAUUUUCCCGAAAUGAAAGAAGUUCAUACAACCAAUGUAGCUGUUCUGCGUUUCUCUCCAUGUGGGAAAUACUUGGCAAGCUGCGGAGAUAAAUAUGUCCGUAUUUUCAAAAACGCUGCCGAACCGUUCAGUUUGGCCAGCAAGCUGAAAAAAAAUAUUGGCGAAGCUAGUGGUGAUGCUCAGAGGCGUCGAAUUCAAGAGCAAAUUGAUCAAGCUGAAGAAGAAGCUGAAACGUUGGAAAUUAGGGCUUAA